AACCUGCUGAGUUCAACCGCAGCCCCCCUGCCAGAGUACAAGACAGCAUCUGUUAAGAAAAGUCGUUUCAUCAUAUCACACUACGGAAUGUUCAAAGGCGCAUGGGAUUGGCUCAUUCUCAUGGCCACUUUCUACGUGGCUGUUGUAGUGCCCUACAACGCCAGCUUCGAGACGGAAAGACCAUCUGUCAUUUUGGAUGUGCUGGUUGAGGCGCUGUUCUUUAUAGAUUUAGAUCAGAGAAGACUUGGGGAACUUGAUAUGAAGGGAUACACCAUAGAACAACGAAUGGAAGUCGUCAAAAUCUGGUUUGCAUUGAGGAUGAAAGAGGUUUCUGUAUUUUCAAUCGAUUAUAUAGGGCCCUUUAACUCCACUACCAUUUUCAAACUCUAUUUACUUGCUUUAAUGAGAAACGUCGAAGUAAACGCUUUAUUUUCCAUUAUUGAUAGUACAGCUGCAACCCUCAUACAUCACUUCAAUUAUGCCAGCAGAAUAUCCCUAUAA